UGAGAAAUAGUGGGGCGUGAAGUCGGGACAGCGGCCUCGGCGCAUGCCCGGUACGUGCGUGACGGAGGCCGUAGCGGCAGUCAUGGCGGCUCGGUGUGUGAGGCUAGCGCGGCGCGGUCUCCCGGCUUUGGCGUUGUCUCUCAGGCCCUCUCCUCGGUUGUUGUGCACAGCUACAAAACAAAAGAACAAUGGCCAAAGCCUGGAAGAGGACAUGGGUCACAAUGAGCAGAAGACAGAGCCUCCCUCUACAGACAAGAUCCUCUUGGAAGAGAAGGUCAAGUUAGAAGAACAGCUGAGAGACACUAUGGAAAAAUACAAACGAGCUUUGGCAGAUACUGAGAACUUGAGACUGAGGAGCCAAAAACUGGUGGAAGAGGCGAAAUUAUAUGGCAUCCAGGGCUUCUGCAAAGACUUGCUGGAGGUUGCAGACAUUCUGGAGAAGGCAACACAGAGUGUUCCAAAGGAAGAAAUUAAAGAUGAAAACCCUCACCUGAAAAGCCUGUACGAGGGGCUGGUGCUGACCGAGGUGCAGAUCCAGAAGGUAUUCACAAAGCACGGCUUGCUCAAGCUGGACCCCCUUGGAGCCAAGUUCGACCCUUAUGAACAUGAGGCGCUGUUCCACACACCAGUAGAGGGCAAGGAACCGGGUACGGUGGCGCUGGUUAGCAAGGUGGGGUACAAGCUGCAUGGGCGCACCCUCAGGCCUGCCCUGGUGGGGGUGGUGAAGGAAGCAUAACUGCCUCCCGCAGGGCCUUUGGCUUUUAAGUCACUUGCUGUAACUCUUGAAAGGCGGGUCUAUCUUUUCUCCUCUGGGAGUCCAGCCUUGAUGGAAAGGUCAAGUGGCUGCAAAGAAUCAAGCUGGGUACACAGUUGCGUCCAGGAGCUCUGGUCCAGGAGUCUGAUUUCUUAGUACCACAUGUUUAGUAGCUCCAUAUUCUUCCAGAAGAGGGCGGACGGGACCUCUAGAGUAUCGUGAAUAACGCUGUAUCUGCUGAAACUCGUGAUUGCAAAGUACUUUAAACAAAUAAAAGGUCUUCAGGAACUGUC